CUGUGUGAAUUAAUUUUCCUAAUGGAUUCCCGCUCUGAAACUAUUCCUCCACCUUCACCGGAGAAGUCAUGGGGAGAGAAAGUGGCAGCGUCAGUGGUGUCAGUUUACACUUGUCUCCCCAAGAAAGGGAAGCCUCAAGGCCGAGAAGUCACUGUAUUAGCCGCUUUUCUCCUCUCCACUCCUUCUCAAGAUUUACAAGUGGUGGCUUUGGGGACGGGAACGAAGUGCAUAGGGCACUCGCGGCGGAGUGCGGGAGGUGAUGUUGUGAAUGAUUCGCAUGCUGAAGUUAUAGCCAGAAGAUCUCUUCUUAGGUUCUUCUAUGCAGAAAUUGAUUGCAUCACAAAAAAUUAUGGCAAGCCUAGUGAUAGUAAUGGAAGCUUGGAGUUGAAAAGUGAUUACAUGACCAGCUCAGUUUUCCAUUUCAGCUCAGAUAAACUUGGCAAAAGAAAAUUCAAAUUGAAGUCAGGCUGGCAGUUGCAUUUGUAUGUAUCACAAUUGCCAUGUGGAGACGCAUCUCUAAAUUCGCAGAUGUUCACUUCUUUAAGCAGUAGUUCUCUAGAAAAAGGGAAUAUAGCGUGCGCCCCACCGGAAUGUUCUGCCGGGCAGAAUGGUGCUUGUCUUCAAGUUACUGGGUCAGUUCAGAGGAAGCCUGGCCGAGGAGAUACUACUUUGUCUGUAAGCUGCUCUGACAAGAUUGCUCGCUGGAAUGUUGUUGGAGUUCAAGGAGCUCUACUUUCCUGCUUUCUGGAACCCAUUUAUAUAUCCUCUAUAACUGUGGGUCUAUCCCAAUGCGGUUCUGCAAAUCUUACUGUGACCAAUCACCUUAGAAGAUCUUUACAUGAGCGGAUCAUUCCAUUGUCUGACGAACUGGUGGAACCCUUCCAAGUGAAUAAGCCACUCCUUUGGGUAGCUCCAGUGCCACCUAAGGAAUUUCAACAUUCUGAGACUGCUCUUGAAACCUUAACUUGCGGGUAUUCUAUAUGCUGGAAUAAAUCUGGCUUGCAUGAAGUCAUUCUUGGGACAACAGGUAGAAAGCAGGGAACAUCUGCAAAAGGUGCACUGUCUCCAUCUACAGAGUCAUCUUUAUGCAAGAAGCGUUUGUUGGAGUUAUUUGUAUCACUUAAGCAAGAUUGUUCAUCAAAAUGCUGCAUCAGUGAGAUGACAUAUCGAGAGCUCAAGGGAUUAGCUGAAGAGUACAGUGCAGCUUCUCAUGCCUUUAAAGCAAGCCCGAAUUUUAGAAACUGGCUUUUGAAACCCCAGGGUUUUGAGUCCUUUACCUUCAAGAGACACUAAAGCAAGUUAUGGGGUGUUCCAAGUGUUGGUGUUGCUGCACCGAGAAAUGGGUGCUAAAAAUUGUUAUAGCAUUGGUAAUUCCCUGUAAUGAUGAUUUCCCACUUUAUAAAACAAAAAUGACAUGGUAUAUUAAAUUUACGUGGAAGAGAUAUAGAGGUGUCUAUGGUAUAUAUUUUGUGCUCAUUUGACAUGAUGAUAUGCAGUAUUUUUAGCAGCAAUUGAAUUUUGAACAAAGAAAUUGUUCUUUUUCCUUUGUGCUUCAUCUUGCAAAAUGAAUGGUUCGAUUUUCAGCUUGAGUUUCAGCAAUUUUCUGGUGUACUGUGGUCCAAGUUGGGAAAGAGCAUUGCAUUGUUUGCAAUGUACGUAUCCCGAAACUAAAUGAACUCAUGUUUU